UGAAUAAUGUUGGGUUUCAGGAUUUAAAUAGUUUAAGAGAAUAUCAAUAUUGAAUAAUGUUGGGUUUAAGACUGGUUUCAGUUCUCUGCCUCCUGCUAGCAGUAGAUCUCAGUAUGCAGCAAGCAAGCACUAAUGCGCCACCUGCAUCAGGCCUUAAGUGUUUCCAAUGCGGAGGCAAGGAUAACAAGUGUGACUCUAUGGAAAGUUUAGGAGCUGAGGUGACUUGUAAAGCUGGAUCAUAUACCUGCCUUGUCGCCAAAAGUUCCGAUGCUGUAUAUAGACGGUGUGGUAACCCUGCUGAAGUAAACCCUGAGUGCACUAAGAUUGCAGUUGGAACCCUGUCUGUAGCUGAUGCUGAGGCCUGCUGGUGUGAGGAGGAUCUGUGUAAUGGAAGCAUGAAGGUUACUGGAAUAUCUGCACUUCUCCUAGUUUUUAUCAUCAAACUAGUUUAAUUAUACUUUUCAUCUCAAACUUCUCGUAAAACAAUUGAGUCUUUUCCGCGAACACUUAUUUUCUAAUUCCCUUAUCUUUGCAACCCAAUAUCGCAGACCUUAAGUGUGUCAAACUAUGAAAUAUGUUUGAU